AUUACUCUAAACUUCAUAGACAUAACAGUUUCAAUAACUGCCACCUAAUUGAGUUUAUCCCCGAAUCAUGUCUUUGGCUGAUACUACAGAAAACCUGCCGUUAGCCGCCGCGUCCGAUUCGCUUCUCGACGAUUAUGAUUUUGCCCGCAAGUACCCAGAGCAAGACACAUCGCCCACCUCAAAGCAGGAGAUCUUUGGCUGGUGCUGCUACUCGUGGUCCUCUGAGCCGUUUAUCGUGUCUGCCGUGGGGACGUUUGUGCCGUUAUUGCUUGAGCAGUUUGCGCGACUCGCCGGGUUCAGACUCGACGAUAACACAAAGCCUUGUGUCAGCGCCCCCGAAACCGACAAUCCCAUUCCGCCGGGCCUUGCGCCACCAGGCCUUAUACCGCCAGGCUCGGACAAAUGUGUGCUCCCCCUCUUUGGUCAUUUUAUAAUCGACACUUCGUCGCUCGCGCUCUACACCUUUUCGGCCUCCAUCUUCCUCCAAGCGCUCAUUGUGAUCAGCAUGUCGGGAAUGGCGGACCGCUCGCACUUUCGCAAAAGCAUUUUGGUAGUAUUUGGGAUCCUUGGUGCGCUCACCACCAUGGCCUUCCUCGGAGUCUCGUAUAAGCACUAUAUCGUGGCCAGUUUGCUCGCGAUGCUCGCCAAUUGCUGUUUUGGCGCGGUAAAUGUGUGCGGAAACGCCUUUUUGGCGAUUUUGGUGUCGAACUACCCCCAGAACUCGGUUAAAGUCGGCCGUGAUGGGGAAUUUAUUACUGAGGCAAACAUCUCUGAUACUAAAAAUCAGUUGAGCUCGCAGAUCAGCGGCACCGGCGCCGCUUGUGGCUAUACUGCCGCGCUUGUGGCUCAGUUGAUCGCUAUCCUUAUUGUCAAGAAGUUUUCCAACCCAGUUCUGGGGUCAUCUACCUUUGCCAUACAGGCAGCUAUCUUCUUCAUCGGCUGUUGGUGGCUCGUCUUCCAGAUUCCUGUGAUCCUUUUGAUGCGCCUGCGUCCAGGGCCUCCGCUCCACCUAGACGAAACUGAGCUCUCGCACAAGUCCUCCUUUGGCUCUAGUCUCUACCGUUUAAGUCAGUACACGAAGUACGGCUGGGUCACGCUUGCACAAACGGCGAUGCACGCGCAGAAGUUGCGGCAAAUCAUGAUGUUUUUGCUAGCGUGGUUCUUUGUUUCGGACUCUCUCACCACUAUCAAUUCCACUGCCAUCCUCUUUGCGCGUUCCAACCUCCAGAUGGACACCACGCAGUUGGGUAUUGUAGGCUUGUUGACAGUUAUGUUUGCCAUUCUCGGCUCGCUCGUGGUGCCGAACUUGAUCCGCCGUUGUGGACUCCUGGCCAAGAGCGCGUUGUGCGGGGCCGUGGCGUUGGCCUGUUUCAUCCCGUUGUACGGGAUUGUUGGCUUUUUCACCACAAGCUUCGGGCUUCACCACGCCCCGGAAAUGUUCAUGUUGGCGAUGAUCUAUGGAAUUGUGCUUGGUAGUGUCGCCACGUUGACCCGCUCCAUCUUUUCUACGCUCAUCCCCGUCGGUUUGGAGAGCACCUUCUUUUCGUUGUUCGCUGUUACGGAUAAGGGUAGUUCUGUGAUAGGGCCUAUCAUCAGCGGCUUGAUUGUGGAUUCCACCCAUGAGUUGCGCUACUGCUUCGUGUGGCUUCUUUUCGGGCUUUUGGCGGGGCUUGCCAUUUUGUGGUGGGGCGUCGAUUUAGAGCAGGGGGUACGGGAUGGUGAGGCAUUUACUGAGGAGGCUUAACACGAAGUAUAAAUUAUCUAACAGAAAUUUCCAGUCCUGAAAUGUCCCCCCGAAUUUACAGCCUAUAAAUAUAUUAGUUCGAAUUAUUUUCUACAUGAUGAAGCUAUACCAAAUCGUAGAUCU